AAUUGGUAAAGCUCUUUAUUGGCUGUUGGCACAUUGCACUGCAUUGGGCGGUUAAAAUAACGCUACAAAAACUUUAGUAGUAACUGGUAAGUGGCUAUAGCCAUCGUUAAUCAGAGUUAGAUUUGGACAAUUUAUUUAAGUACUAUGGAUGGAGAACACGGGCAAGAGACCGAAAAUAUCACACAAACGCAGACGCAGAAUUCGCAAGUAGAAUGGAGUCAGCAAAACACUCCGGGACAUUUUCCAAAUAUUUGGGGAAGAUUAUAUUUAACUAAGGCAUCCUUAAAUGGCAAGCAUUGCUGGAAAAAUACUCAAAACGCUGAGUAUUUGGAUCUAAUACAAAAUGAGUUUUCUCUCGGAAGAGCGUUUUCCUGUACAUUCAUUAUGAAAAAAGAUAUAAUAAAGGAGAACAUCAUUAAAAACGUCAGUAAACAACACUUCAUUAUCAAAAGGGAUCUAUCGGAGGUUCUGACACCAGCUAUUAUAACAGAUUUAUCCUACAAUGGCACUUUUGUGAAUGGUAAUAAAAUUGGAAAAGGAAAGAGCCAAGUUUUGGAUGAUAAUGAUGAAAUAUCAGUAACACAUCCUGUCGUAAAAAUUUUUGUUUUUAAAGAUCUCCUAAAAAAUGAGCAGGAUUGUGUACCUAAAGAGAUUUCCAAAAAAUACUAUAUAUCUAGAACACUAGGGCAGGGCGCCUGUGGUGUUGUUAAGUUAGUUUAUCACAAAGAAAAAUGCACAAAGCAUGCAAUGAAAAUAAUUAAAAAGUGUAGACUCACAAAUGGACAAGUUAACCAUUUGAAUGACCCUGUGAAAAUUAUGAACGAAAUUAAUAUCAUGAAAGCAUUACGUCAUCCAUGUAUUAUUUCUACUGAAGAAGUGUUUGACUCUCGAGACACAGUAUACAUAAUUAUAGAACUUAUGCAAGGAGGUGAAUUGUUUGAAAGGAUCACAAAAUGUGGACGCCUUCCAGAGAUUUUGGUUAAAUUCCUAUUUAGACAAAUGGUGCUAGCUGUUAAAUACCUCCACUCUCAAGGAAUUACCCAUAGAGACUUGAAGCCUGAGAAUGUUUUGUUGGAAAGCAAGCAUGAUGAAACUAUUGUCAAAAUUUCUGAUUUUGGAUUGAGCAAAUUUGUUGGUGAAGAUAGCUUUAUGAAAACGAUGUGCGGAACACCACUUUAUUUAGCGCCAGAAGUUCUCAGAGCCAACGGUCAGCAGAGCUAUGGACCUGAGGUUGACGUCUGGAGCCUGGGAGUUAUUUUCUUUGUGUGUCUGGUGGGUUACCUACCGUUUUCCUCUGAAUACAAAGAAAUUUCACUAAGGAAUCAGAUUCUGACUGGACGAUACAAGUUCUCAUCUACACAUUGGAAGAAUGUUAGUCCACAAGCUCAACAGCUUAUGAAGAAAAUGCUCACUGUACCAGUAAUGAGGCGGAUUACUCUAGACCAAAUAUUAAAUCACAGCUGGAUGCAGGAUCAUAAUGUGAUAAUGAAGGUGGAAAAAUUGUUAACAUGUGCAACACAAUCUAAAAACAUGGGCCAGUUAACAAUAUCUGAGGAAAAUGAAGAGAAUCAUAGAAGUAACGGUGAAAAUGUGACAGUAUUGACAGUUUUGGCUGCCACCAGUAAGCGAGGCUUAAGUGACAGCUUCAGUUCCUGUGAACCUAUUCCUAAGAAACUCAGACUUGGUAUGAACGGUGUCAAGAAUGAUACUUCAGGCACAAAUAGUUAUUGUUCAGAUGACUAACAACCCACUAAAAUGUAAGGGUAUUUUUUUUAUUCAGUAAUUAUGUUUUAACAGAUAUAAGCUCAUGAUGGACAGCAUUUGUUUGUCAGAUUAACAAACAAAAUUUUGCUAUUUUAUGCAUCUCCUUUACAGGUCUGACUUAAUUUUAGAUACUAUUGGUUAAAUUUAGGAUAUUUUUUAAGACUGUUUUAGUUCCAUAUUUUAAUAUAACGCUCAUUUGUGCCAUCGUUUUGAUAGAGUGAGUACUAAUUCGAAAUUUGAAAUGUUAUUCUUGUUAUAAUGGCAACUUAAUUUUCGUAAGAUAAGUAUAUUUUCACUGAGCGAUGCAGGUGCAUUCCUCGAAUAUAGUAUUUUGUUAAUUUUGACCUCACUGUGUGAUAUUAAGGAGAGUGAGACUUUUUUGACAAUUCCGUUAUGUGAUUGAUUCAGUGUGAUUGAAUGUUAUUCAUUUAACAAUUAUGUAUGUAGGUAUGUUGUUAUCAAUUGCUUUGGUGUUAUAUGUUUUAGUUGUAAAUAUUAUUGUAAUUGUUGAUUGAUUCUUAUUCAAUAUGUAGCUAUUUUUAUUUAGAGUUGCGUUUUAUUACAAUUUUUGCAUUCAUGUUGACAAUUUGGAAUGGAAUGACUAUAUACGAUUUUAUUUCUAGCAUUUAAACAUUCUAAAAAUUAUUAAUAUUCAAUAAACAACUGCUUUAGAACUUUACACUAAUUAAUAGAAAUUGCAAGUGUUGUUGAACCACCCAAACAUCUUUAACUCUUUAUUUGAUUUGACCGGUCUACAUCAAUGCAAAUUGCUUUAAAUAUGAUUGAAUGUUUCAUGUUGACUUGAUAUUGUAUACCAGUUUUUUAUAAGAAAAUGUCGUAUAUUUUCUACUUAAAAUAUUUGUUGAUUAGUAGACAUCACUGUUGUAAUACUUCAGUGUGAGACAGAACAUGUGACGUGGUACCUGCUCAUUAAUAUUACCACCGAUUAUUUCAGGAUAGAAAAAAUAAACAUUGAUUGAAUAAAAUGUUCAUUAGCGAAAA